CGGAAGAGAAUGUAGAAGUCUGGGGUCACCAUGGGAAGUAAAAUGGCGGUGGCCAGCAGGGUCGUUCAGACUGUGAAGCCCCAUGUAUCUACAAUUAGGUUUCCUGAUAGGAAGAACGGUCCUAAGCCUAAUGUACAAGAAGUCUUAAAAUCCAUGAUCUUUCCGUUCACUACACCCCCGAUAACUGCACAUCAAACAGCCAGCGAUAACCCUCCAGGAAAUCAAAACAUAUUGUCCAUCCGUAAGGCACAAGGGAGCUCACUUCCACAGAAAUACAGAGGAAAAUCCAUGUCUAAUAAGGAAAUGGAAUAUAUCCAACGUGGAGGUCCUGAAUGACGCUUUAAGUCGGUGCUGAAUACCACCAGUAUACCACUAUGGUGUUACAACGUUCUUGUAUUUGUUUAAUGAUGCACACAGAAUUGUAAACUAGUAACUUUAAUAAAAAGAUUCUUCUAAUUCCUUGUGCCAGUGAGGCGCUUUCAAAA